AUGUCCUCCUCCCAAACCCCAUCCAAGAAUCCAACAAAAUCCAACAGAAAAUCUAAAAACCCUUCCAAAUCUACACCAUCUGCUUCUGCUCAAAGGCCUCCUUCGUCACUUGCAGAGAAACCACAAAGUCAAAGAAAAAUGCCUUCUGCUGCUCCACCCCAGGGAACUCCCAACCCACCUCCGGGAAAAAGACUCAAGAAAAAACCAGCCGUUCCGCAACAAGAACAGGAACAGCUUCAACAAUCGCCAGAGACUCCAAAGCGAAAGAAGAAGAUCUCUAGAUCACAACCUGAUCAGCAACAACAAGAACAACCUAGUGCAACUCCCAAACAACAAGAGACUCCGCAGCCACAGCAGGAUGCUACACCAUCCGAGAAACCCAGAAUUAGGAAGAAGAAGAAGCCCCAAUCGCCUGUUGAGGGCGAGGGAUCAACACCACAAAAAAAACCUGAAGCUCCUUCGGCUCCAUCAACCCCUCAGAAGAAACCCGAGGUUCCUUCGACCCCAAAGCGGAAACCUGAAGUUCCCAAAGAAGCUUCAAAUUUGUCAAAACCAGAUGUUCCUCAACAAAAGGAUGCUGGAAAAGCGCUUGACAGCGGGAAGGAUAGGGCUCCCAAGCCCGAGGAUGUUGGAAAACGAGCCGAGAAUGCCGCACCGCCUAGCUUGAAAAAGAAGAAGAAGGUUCCAAAGCCUGAGGAUGUGCAGAAGGGCGUUGAAGGUAUGAAAGAGAAUGCGCCAAAGCCCGACGAUGCUGGAAAGCAGGUCGAAGGGUUGAAGAAGAAAGCCCCAAAGACUGAGGAUGUACAGCAGAAAGUUGGAGAGGCGAAGGAGAAAGCGCCAAAACCGGAAGACAUCCAGGAGAAGGCUGAGGAUAUGAAGGAGAGCGCACCAGAGCCUGAAGAAGCACAAAAAGAGGUCGAGGAUGUGAAGGAGAGAGCACCAAAGCCUGAAGAAGCACAGAAAGAGGUCGAAGACGUAAAGGACAACGCGCCAAAGCCCGAAGAUACACAAGAGAAGAUUGACGAGGCGAAAGAUCGAGCACCUAAACCUGAAGAUGCAGAAAAAAAGCUCGAUAGUGCCAAAAAAGCCGUUUCAUCGCUUCCAAAUGGUGGUGGUUCAAGCGAUCCGCCAAAAAUGAUUAAGAAAAAGAAGAAGCCGGCUCCAAUUCCUGAACCAGAGCCUCUCAAGGAGUCUGAGCCUGAGCCUGAACCAUCUGAGGAGGAGGAGCAAGAACCAAGCGAGGAGGAACAUGUUGAGGAUUCUGGUCAUGAAUCGCAACACUCUGGCGAGGAAGAAGACGAAGACUCGAACUCCGAGGAGCAGGAUGAUCAUCUCCAAGAACAAGAGGAAAGUGUUCAUGACCAGGCCAAAGAGGCUCCCAGUAUUGAUUCUGGCGUUGAGGGCGUCUCAUCUGAUGAGGAAGAGGAGACAUCAUCUGCACAACAGAGCCUCGAGCCUGAGCAUGAAAAUGAGCAUGAUAUGGAAGACAGUCAAGAUUAUGAUGAAGGCUCAGAAGAACAGGAUGAGGCCAGCAGUGAAGAGCAAGAACAAGAUAUCAGUUUCGACGAGGAGGAAUCUGACGACAACAGUCUUCCUGACGGUGCACCACUCGACAAAGCCCAGGAUGUCACAAACAAAGUCGAGGAUGCUCCCAAGGAGGCACAAGAUACCUUGAAGGAUGCACCAGAUAAAGCUCAAAAGACUGCUGGUGGCGUAAAAGAUACCCUCAAAGACGCUUCAAGUCAGGCUCAAGAUACUACUGGCGAUUCGCUGAACAAAACCCAAGACACCGCCGAUGAUGCGCCAAAGAUAAUCAAGAAGAAGACCCCCAAGUCGGAAGACGCUACGAACAAAGUCGAUGAAGCUUCCAAGCCUGUCAAAGAUACUGCUAACUCAACUGGUUCUCUCGAUACUGCAAAGAACACAGCUAGUGGAAUUACAGACGAUUCGCCUGUAGAUAAGACAAAAGACACAGCCAGUGGAUUGACAGGAGGUUUACCCGGUAGUGCAGCCCUUGGUGGUGAUGAACAAGCAGAAGCACAACAAAAGCCAGCACCACCCAAAAUGAUCAAGAAAAAGAAGAAACAGCCACAGAAUCCUGCUGAGGGUGGACUUGGUAGUGUGACUGACAAAGUCAAGGAGGACCCAGCAACAACAGCUGAAGGUGCUGUAGACGGAGUCAAAGAGAAAGGAGAUGGUCUUGCGGAUCAAGCCAAGGACGCCACUCCAAAAGACUUUCCAAGCGAUGCUGCUGGUGACGCCGCUAAACCAGUUGAGGAUUUUAAAUCUGAUGUUGGCGAGAAGGCUGGUGAAGUGAAGGAUUCCGCUACGAAAUCAACCGAAGGGUUGAAAGAUACAGCCAAUGAAAAAGCGGGAGAUUUGAAGGAUUCUGCUACAGAGAGAGCAGGUGGUACUACGAAAGCAGCCGAGGGUCAGAAAGACCAAGUCGGGGACACGACCGAGAAAUCCAAACCUGAUCUCGGUGAUUCACCAAAGCUCACGAACGGCACUUCUCACGCUACGGACAAAGCUUCUGAUCUCAAGAAAAGUGUGCCUUCGGCUGUCGUGGAUAAGGUUCCAGAUUCGUCAGAAAUCACAAGUAAAACCAAGGAAAAUGCGUUACUACAAGGUCUUGAUAUUGCUCAGCAAGAUGGAAGAAUGGUCAUCAAGACCCCGAAUAAGAUGGAAGGAUCGGAAGGUGGAAAGGGAAUUGAGAUUACUGUGAAUAGCACCAAGGAAGGCAUGACACUUACGAUUAAGAUCCCGGGAGUAUUCCAGCAAUCGUAG